UCGGCUUCUUCUCGUUAUCUGUGGAGCACGACAGUCAGAUGAUGUAGGUGUCUGUAGGAGGCGUUUCAUCCAGAUGAACGCGAGACCCGGCAUCAUUAUUAAUGACUUCCCUUAAUGAGCGGUUCUGAGUUAAAGUCUACCAUCUCCUUGUCCUAACUUCUUUUAUUUCUCCAUCAUGCGUCACUUAUCGCGUCAAAGGCUCACCUCCUAAGGAAGGUUCAAGAUCGACUCUAGGGUCCAGGGUACCGAUGUGCCGAUGUUCAUUCUUUGUUCCACUAUGAGUUAGCUUCUUAGUUUGCUGGCACGCUUCUUAGCUUCAAAGUUCGAGGGAGGCGGCAUUCACUUGCAUCAAAUGUCCGGUCCUCAGGCCCUUACGUAAGAUUUCUCAAGGUACCAAAGUUUACCUAAACUAUCAAGCCUUGCAACCAACCCAACAACCAUGGUCGAGACUCAGAAAACGCUUAGCACAGGAACUUUGAAUCUCCGUUUCAUGCAAAAUGCUCGAAGAGCACAACAGUUACCUGGUGCCGAUGUCGAGCUCGAGAAAGCACACGUCAAAGAUGAUGCAGAAUGGGAAGUAGCGCCUGAUAUCCGUAAAGCUUGGGGAUUAGCAGAGAGGUCCAACUCAGAUUCAAAUGAUGAUCUAUAUGAGAGAUCGUAUAUGCCUUUCCUCUUUCCUUCUGUGUCUGAGACGCCCGCAGAAGACAAAGGAGCAUCAUCGCCAUCGACGUCUUUUAGCGGUUUAAAACCCAAAGGCCGUCGCAAAUUCAAUAAACACGGAGAAGAGGUGAGCACAUAUCCGCGGUGCCCCAGGUCAUUCAAACCUCCAGAAGUGCGGCCCACAGUAGCAGAUGUUCAACCUGAUGAAACACGAAAAAAACUCAAGAUCAAAUCGAUAUCCAGCUCGACCAACAGUAACGCGUCAUCAAAGAAGCUCAAGGAGCCAGCGAGUCGGGUGAUAUACGACAACAGCAACGUUGGCGUUGAUCUUCUUCGUUCAGGCUCCUUAUCUUCAAACCGCACGUCAUCUGCAUCAGCACCGAAGUCGACUACCGGCAGUAACGCGUUCAUGAAGCCUGCUGGCGUAGAUGAUCCUUCUUUCAUCCCUUCCACCAGGGAUAAUGAUGCACCCCCAGCUUCAACUUCUACCUCUUUCGCACGAAAGGGAAAGAGAAAGCAGGAUAACGCAGAAGUCGAAACCACGGAACUGAAGAAGAAGAAAACAUUAUCAUUUGUCGAGUGAGUUGAUCGGACCGUUGGGGGAAGCACGUGUAUGUCAUGAUCGCCGCCUUGGUGCUAUACGCCCAAAUGCUUUUUCAUCGCUGCCACUUCCUGGAUGCAAUUUACUCCGCAUGAACUCCCGGUUUUAUGUGGCUACCUAUUCCACGAACGCACAUGCACCACAUAUGUUCGCUCGAUUCAUCAGCACUAUAUUUGCUCGGCUUUCCACGCUUUCAAUACUACAGUUUUGGAAUCUGGUCAUUGUCAUGCCUACUUGUUUUUUUUAUACAAAAAAAUUCUUAUUGCAUGCGAAUUGAAUUGCUGAAGCGGUGCGAUGUCGAC